GGGUUGUGCUUACAUUACUCUUUAGAUCUCCCUUGAAGAGGGCUGGUAUAUUUGUGCCUGCUGGAGGUGGAAUUAACAGUCAGAAGGAGAAAGCAAUUGAAUGGACUUACAGCAAGGUUUUCAAGUAAAUACAGGGACACACAUUUACUUGAACAGUACAACCUUGAGGUGUACUUUACACUAAGACGACACAAAAGAUGUUAAAGUUAUCACCAAGCUGCCGGACAAAUAUAUAUUCCAACACCAAGGUGCAGAUCAGCCUAGAUCUGUGACUCAGGAAUCAGGAUCUGCCUUGGAAAGAGCCUCAGGGUUGAGAAGAACUGAAGAGCAAGUGAAGAUAACUUUGGGAACUGCAGCUUAUCAGAAGAUCAGCUUCCGUUCACUCAGAUACCAACAGGCCUGAUUAUCAUAAAUUCAUAUAGGAAUGCCUAGGUCAUCUGAUCAAAUCAUAUUAGCCGUCUCCUGCUACAUCAAUGCAGCAAAAACUCUUAACAACUGUGGAUAAUUGGAAAUUUGCGUUUCAGCUUUCUUAGAAAUAACUACUCCUGACAUAUUCCAAAAUAUUUAAAAUAGGGCAGGAAAAUCAGUGAGGGUGUUGUGUUCAGAAGUGUCACUGUCAUGAAGAAUAGGUAAAUUUGUUCUUUCUGCUACUGGGAAAUUGUACCUCCUAGAAACUUAGAUUUUUUUUUUUUUUUUUUUUAAGAGGACAAGAAGAACUAAAAACAUCAACUUUGCUUUUGGACAAAAAUGCAUCUGAGUGUAUUUUUAUUUAGGGGUAUUGUGGGUUUCCUCUGGAGCUGCUGGGUUCUACUGGGUUAUGCCAAAGGAGGUCUGGGAGACAAUCAUGUUCACUCCAGUUUUAUUUAUAGAAGACUACGGAACCAUGAAAGACGGGAAAUACAGAGGGAGAUCCUCUCUAUCUUGGGGCUGCCUCACAGACCCAGGCCAUUCUCCCCUGGAAAACAAGCUUCCUCUGCACCCCUCUUUAUGCUCGACCUGUACAACGCUAUGGCCAGUGAAGACAACCCCGAGGAGCCGGAGUACUCGGCGAGGGCAUCCCUGGCAGGGGAGGCCAGGGCGGCGAGGAAGGGCUACCCGGCCUCUCCCAAUGGGUACCCUCGCCGCAUCCAGCUCUCGCGGACGGCUCCCCUCACCACCCAGAGCCCCCCUCUCGCCAGCCUGCACGACACCAACUUUCUCAAUGAUGCUGACAUGGUCAUGAGCUUUGUCAACUUAGUUGAAAGAGACAAAGAUUUUUCUCACCAGCGAAGGCAUUACAAAGAAUUCCGCUUUGAUCUUACCCAGAUCCCUCACGGAGAAGCCGUCACAGCAGCUGAAUUCCGGAUAUACAAGGACCGGAGCAACAAUCGAUUUGAAAAUGAAACAAUUAAGAUUAGCAUAUAUCAGAUCAUUAAGGAAUACGCAAAUAGGGAUGCAGAUCUGUUUUUGUUAGACACAAGAAAGGCCCAGGCUUUAGAUGUGGGUUGGCUUGUCUUUGAUAUCACUGUGACCAGCAAUCAUUGGGUGAUUAAUCCACAGAACAAUUUGGGCUUACAGCUCUGUGCAGAAACAGGAGAUGGACGCAGCAUCAACGUCAAAUCUGCUGGUCUGGUGGGGAGACACGGGCCUCAGUCAAAACAACCGUUCAUGGUGGCUUUCUUCAAGGCGAGUGAGGUGCUGCUUCGAUCUGUGAGAGCAGCCAGCAAACGGAAAAACCAAAACCGCAGUAAAUCCAGCUCUCAUCAGGACUCCUCCAGAAUGGCCAGUGUCGGAGAUUAUAAUACAAGCGAACAAAAACAAGCCUGUAAGAAGCAUGAACUCUACGUGAGUUUCCGGGAUCUGGGAUGGCAGGACUGGAUUAUAGCGCCAGAAGGAUAUGCUGCGUUUUAUUGUGAUGGAGAAUGUUCUUUUCCACUCAAUGCCCAUAUGAAUGCCACCAACCAUGCCAUAGUUCAAACUCUGGUUCAUCUGAUGUUUCCUGACCACGUACCAAAGCCUUGUUGUGCUCCAACCAAAUUAAAUGCCAUCUCUGUGCUAUACUUCGAUGACAGCUCCAAUGUCAUUUUGAAAAAAUACAGAAAUAUGGUAGUGCGCUCGUGUGGCUGUCACUAAUAUUAAAUAAUAAUAGGAAUGAGAAAAAGACCUGUAUUAAGGAUUAUGAAUACAAUAAAAAGUAUACUUUCAGACAAAAGGAGAAUUUCAUAAAAUUAGUCUGGCUCAUUUCAUCUCUAUCAUGUACAAUAUCAUGUAUAUAGUCACUUUUAUUUAUUUAAAGGUAUAUAUUCUCCUUUGCGGAUGCCUUAUCAAAUAAAAGCUAUUUUAUAAGUCACUACAGUAUACAAUAGAUUGUCCAGUCUAACUUUCAAUGAGAUAUGCGAAGUCCAAUUCAAUUCCAUUUCAACAUUUUUUUCUAAUACAAUUUUUUAUAUAACUUUUUGAAAUUAGAACUCCUUUUACCUUUAAAUAUUAUUGAAGGAAACCGAAUGCAUUGGUUAUGUUGUGCCAAUAAAAACUAUGAUAGGAUAUUUAUUUAGAAGUAAAAUUUAAAAAAAAUAACAACCCAAACAAAAAUGCUUGGAUAAACACAAUUUUUCUUUUAGAGUUUCUGCUUCAUUAGACAAAGUGAAAAUGUUGAACUGGAUUUGAGUAAAUAAAUGGUAGGCAGAACAUAGAAUCUGAAAGAUUGCACAUAAUUGUUACAACUGUUUGCUUUAACAGAAUUGGUGUAACUGUAGGAGCAUGUUCCUUCUUGGCUUGUGGAUUGCAGAUUUUGCAAAGAGCUCAAAGCUUCAGGAACUCUGUGGAGACAGGCUUGAGCCUGUGUCCAUAACUUUCCAAGUUAACACUAAAAAAUGGCAGUACAACCUUCUUACCUCAAAUAAAUCAUGUCUGCCUAUUAUCUAGAACACUACUGCUGCAGAUUUUUUUCUGAUUUAAAAGGAGUCCAAAAUAAAGAAAAAUUUACAUGUGCUCCGCUUCCCUCCCCACAGACAAGAGUCACUGCAUGCAUAAAAUAUACUGGAGCAAGAGGCCGACAGAGCCAUUUUCUUUAGCUCUCCAUAACUGAGUCUGCUGAUUGAUGUGAUGCAAGGGAUUUUAUUUAGGGUAAAAGCACUGAAACUAAACUGGAGGAAAUUACCAAAAAUCCCAGAAUGGCUUUGACAGAAUUGCCAUUUCGAAAGAACAGCUGAAAUCCAUUUUUCAUAUCUUUGAGAAUGAGCUCAAUGAAAACCUUAUUUUGUAAGGGGAUUUUGUAAACCCUCCUCCAAGCACAAAUAAUUCCAAACGGGAAGGUUCUGUUGUGUGUAUGUGCAUGUGUGUUCUUCCCUCUGAAAUUAAUUUAUUUUCUCUCUCUGUUUCUCUCUCUGCCUUCCAAGGCUUUUCUUUAACAGACACUGAUUUCUUAAAGAAUGACAUUUAGAUGGAUAGCUUGCUAUUUAUGAUGGCUCCACGGUUAGGCCUAUUUAUACUUCUUCCAGAAUAUUCAUAAAGCACCAUUUAUUAAUCACCCUUUGGGAUAUUUCAAAUAAACAUAGAGAUAGCUUCAAAAAUGUUAUGGGUUUGUUUGUAAUUCAGGUAUAUUGCAAUGUUGUUUUAAAAUACAGUUUAUCUUAAAGAUUUGCUAAUAACUAUAUUGGGGGGUACAUUAAGUAAUAUAUUUUUGAAUUAAUGGCAUACCAUUGUAAGAAUAAGAAACGGAAGUCUAUUAUAUUAUUCUUUAAAUGUGCUGUUUAAAUAUAUUUCUAUAUUUUAAAAUAUAUUAAACUUGUGAUGCUAAUUUCUAUUGUGCUUCUUGAUUCGACUCUUUAUUUAAGAGGGAUACAACACGUAAGUAUGUCAUAAACAGAGACUAUAAGAAUAUCAGAUACAAAAGGUAUGUGGAUUACAUGAUUAUUUAUGAUGUUUUUAAUUGCCCAAACUAGUUUUUGUGUUAAUAAAUAACUCACUGUUAAAUAAACAAAGCAAACUUAAAUGAA